CUAUUAGAAUUAAAAUAUGGUAAAUAUUAGUACAUCAAUACCAACACAUGUUGCUGACUUGCUGUUGCAGCACGUGCAUAGUUAGGUGAGUUCUAUUUUUAGUUUUUCCUUUCACAACCCACAAAACAAAAGCAACAGUCUACCUUGUGUUCUGUGAACUUAACCACAAAUUUUCAUGGAGAAAACAAUUCACAUUGCUGUUAUUCCAGGUGCUUGGUAUAGCCAUUUAGUCUCUAUUCUUGAAUUCUCCAAGCUACUUGUUCAGCUCCAUCCAGACUUUCAUGUCACUUGCUUCAUUCCUACACUUGGAUCACCCUCAAGUGCCUCAAAGUCAUUCCUUCAAACUCUUCCAUCAAACAUUGGCUACACUUUUCUUCCACCUGUGAAUCCCAACGACCUACCUCAAGGGACUAGUGUAGAAUGCCAAAUUCAUCUCGCAACGACACUCACUCUGCCAUAUUUACAUCAGGCAUUGAACUCCUUAACUUUAAGGACUCCCCCUGUGGCACUGGUGGUUGAUUCUUUAUCUGCCGAAGCACUAGAUUUGGCUAAGGAGUUCAACAUGUUGUCCUAUGUUUACUUCCCUCCUGCAGCCACCACUUUGUCUUUCUACUUCUAUUUGCUCAAAUUGGAUAAGGAAACAUCAUGUGAGUACAGAGAUCUGCCAGAACCUAUUCAAGCACCAGGUUGUGUACCAAUUCGUGGUCGGGAUCUCGUUGCCCAAGCUCAAGAUAGAUCGAGCCAAUCUUACAAAUUCUUACUCCAACGUAUUAAAAGAUUCUGUUCUGUUGAUGGCAUACUUAUUAAUAGCUUCCUGGAAAUUGAAAAAGGUCCUAUAGAAGCACUGACAGAAGAAGGAAGUGGUAACCCUGCUGUGUACCCUAUUGGACCCAUUAUCCAAACAAGAACAGAAUCUGGUAAUAAUGGUAUGGAGUGUCUGACAUGGUUACAUAAACAACAACCUUGUUCAGUUUUGUAUGUUUCUUUUGGAAGUGGUGGUGCACUUUCACAAGAACAAAUUGAUGAGUUGGCUAUUGGUUUGGAAUUGAGUAAUCAUAAAUUCUUAUGGGUUGUAAGAGCACCAAGUAGUUCAGCCAGUGGUGCAUAUCUUUCAGCAGAAAAUGAUGUUGAUCUUUUGCAGUUUUUACCACCUGGGUUCUUGGAGAGAACCAAGGAGCAAGGGAUGGUUAUUCCAUCAUGGGCACCUCAGAUUGAAACACUUAGUCACAGAUCAGUUGGUGGAUUCUUGAGUCACUGUGGCUGGAAUUCAAUCCUUGAGAGUGUGAUGCAUGGUGUGCCACUAAUCACAUGGCCUUUGUUUGGUGAGCAAAGAAUGAAUGCAGUUGUGCUGAGUGAGGGCCUUAAAGUGGGACUGAGGCCAAGGGUUAAUGAUAAUGGCAUUGUUGAAAGGGAGGAAAUUUCUAAAUUGAUCAAGGGUCUCAUGGAAGGAGAAGAAUGUGAGAAUUUGCGCAAUAAUAUGAAGGAAUUAAAAGAAGCUUCUACUAAUGCGCUCAAAGAAGACGGGUCUUCUAGAAAGACCAUUUCUCAAUUAGCACUCAAGUGGAGAAAUUUGGUGCAUGAAAACUAUGUUGUUUCUACAAGUAAAAGUGACAUUGCUCUCAUUGGCAACCAUUCCAAGGGAUCAAUGUCAAAUUCUAUUAGGCUUUUCAAAAUCACAAGUCACAUUUCGAAAGAUCCUAAGAUUAUUCAAGUUCAAUCGCAUCCUCCUCGAUCAAAUGCAAUUCAGAUGGCGCUACUAGAUGCAAUCCGAAAUUGGCAGCUAGUGGUGGCAUCUUUAGCGAGAGACUCCAUGGCUUCUUUCAUGGAUUUGGGAACAAAAUCUGAUAAAAGUAGCAAUGGUAUGGAGUGUUUGACAUGGUUAGAUAAACAGCAGCCUUGUUCAGUUUUGUAUGUUUCUUUUGGAAGCGGUGGUGCACUUUCACAAGAACAAACUGAUGAGCUAGCUAUUGGUUUGGAAUUGAGUAAUCAUAAAUUCUUAUGGGUUGUAAGAGCACCAAGUAGUUCAGCAUGUGGUGCAUAUCUUUCAGCACAAAACGAUGUUGAUCUUUCGCAGGUUUUACCAUCUGGGUUCUUGGAGAGAACCAAGGAGCAAGGAAUGGUUAUUCCAUCAUGGGCACCUCAGAUUGAAAUCCUUAGUCACAUAUCAGUUGGUGGAUUCUUGAGUCAUUGUGGUUGGAGUUCAAUCCUUGAGAGCGCGAUGCAUGGUGUGCCACUAAUCACAUGGCCUCUGUUUGCUGAGCAGAGAAUGAAUGCAUUUGUGCUGAGUGAGGGCCUAAAGGUGGGAGUGAGGCCAAGAGUUAAUGAAAAUGGCAUUGUGGAAAGGAUAGAGGUUUCUAAGGUGAUCAAGUGUCUCAUGGAAGGGGAAGAAUGUGAGAAAUUGCGCAAUAAUAUGAAGGAAUUGAAAGAAGCAGCUACUAAUGCACUUCAAGAAGAUGGGUCUUCUAGAAAGACUGUUUCUCAAUUAGCACACAAGUGGAAAAAUUUGGUGCAUGAAAACUAGCUUUAAGGAAUGAUUUUGUUAAGUCUAUUUGAAGCAUGUUUACAAGACAUUCAAUUUGACAGUUGAGUUGGUCUGGUCUUUAAUUUUACGUAGUUUUCUGCUGUAAAGUGAUUUCUCAUUCUUGAUGCUUAAGGAGAUCUCUAAAAGAGUCAGAAAAUAUGUAUUUUCAUGGCAUUACCCUGCGUAACUGUUGUACAGUAUUGAACAUUGUUUCAUAUUUCAAUUAUGUUAUUUUCGUAUAG